CACACACCGGGAGGUGCCGGACGCUCCGAUCGCUGCAAAUCGCGCCGGCCCCGCGCCCCAGCCCCGACGCGAGCCCCAGCGGCGCAGGAGCGACCCCUCCAGAAUGAAAAAGGCAAACGUUGACCUCACUAUGAAAAAGUUUCAAGGUUCACAGCAGCAUCACGUUCAGUGGAAGCCAUGUGGGUGACCAACCUCCUGGCCCUCUGUGCCCUAGCGGCCGCAGUGCCCUCGGAAGAUAAGAAGCUGAGCGAUAAGGCAACCGCCUUAGCUGACCGCAGCACAACUCUCGCCUUCAACCUCUACCACACGAUGGCUAAAGACAAGAACAUGGAGAACAUCCUCGUGUCUCCCGUGGUGGUGGCCUCCUCGCUCGGCCUGGUGUCACUCGGUGGCAAGGCCACCACAGCCUCCCAAGCCAAGGCCGUGCUCAGCGCCGACAAGCUGAACGACGACUACGUUCACGGCGGGCUUUCGGAGCUCCUGAACGAGGUCAGCAACUCCACCGCCCGCAACAUCACCUGGAAGCUCGGGAACCGCUUGUAUGGCCCCAGCUCCAUCAGCUUUGCUGAUGAUUUUGUGAAGAGCAGCAAGAAGCAUUACAACUACGAACACUCCAAGAUCAACUUCAGGGACAAGAGGAGUGCCCUGAAAUCCAUCAACGAGUGGGCCUCCCAGACCACCGAUGGCAAGCUCCCCGAGGUCACCAAAAAUGUGGAGAAGACCGACGGGGCCCUGAUCGUGAACGCCAUGUUCUUCAAGCCUCACUGGGAUGAGAGGUUCCAUCACAAGAUGGUGGACAACCGUGGCUUUAUGGUGACCCGUUCCUACACAGUGGGAGUUCCCAUGAUGCACCGCACAGGUCUGUACAACUACUUUGAUGAUGAGGCUGAGAAACUUCAGAUUGUGGAGAUGCCUCUCGCUCACAAACUCUCCAGCAUGAUCUUCAUCAUGCCCAACCAUGUGGAGCCACUGGAGAGGGUUGAGAAGCUGCUGACCAGAGAGCAACUGAAAACUUGGAUCGGCAAGUUGAAGAAGAGAGCUGUGGCCAUUUCCCUGCCGAAAGUCAGCUUGGAAGUCAGCCACGAUCUUCAGAAACACUUAGCGGACCUUGGCUUGACUGAAGCAAUGGACAAGAACAAGGCUGACCUGUCCAAGAUUUCAGGCAAGAAAGAUCUCUACCUUUCCAACGUCUUCCAUGCCGCGGCCCUCGAGUGGGACACCGAGGGGAACCCCUUUGAUGCCGACAUCUACGGCCGAGAAGAAAUGAGGAACCCGAAACUCUUCUAUGCCGAUCACCCAUUCGUCUUUGUGAUCAAGGACAAUAAAACCAACUCCAUUCUUUUCAUUGGCAGGCUAGUGAGGCCCAAAGGGGACAAAAUGCGCGAUGAAUUGUAGUUUGAAUUUUCAGGUUUUGGUGGGGAUUUUUUAAAUGGGGAAAUGUUCUUUUGUGUUCUCUACGACCUGAUGGGUGCUCGCCGGACCAGAGUGCAUUUUGAUGUUAAAGCCAGCAUACACUUUACCUCGCCAAAAUAUUCCACCAAAAGAAAAUUCGUGGGAGGAACAGGGAAGGUGGGAGGGAAAGGGGUGAAAGGGCCAGGAACAAUGGGAAGGACCAGUUCACUGGGAUUCUGUUCCCAAUCAGUGGCAUAUCUGCUGAGAUUUUCGGUUACUGUCUGUGUCUUCUUCCUCCUUCCUGCAUAGAAUAAAUCCUUCUGCCAAGCACGAUGGCACCAUCUGCCAGGAUGCAAACUGUCAGCCGAGGCCACAGUAAAGGUACCAGCCCACACACUUGCAUCACCGUCUCUGUUGUGCCCUUUGUUCUAGAUACACGGAGUGCUGCUUUCCCAUCCCUUUUCCCUGACAGCUUCCUUCAGCUUUGUGCUUAGGGGACAGCUUGCCUCCCAUACAUCCACUGUCCCUGGUUCUUUGCACUGGGGGGUUUCUUGGCUGAGCUAGAAGCCAGGGGGGGCUGGUCCCUUUAUCUCUUCCCUCCUUGAAGUUCUUCUGCCUGCAUCUUGCUUGGUAAAGGGAGGGGCAGGGACUGAGCGUGCUCCCACUUACAGCAACUGACAGCAAUGGGGCACUCCUGAUAGAUGCAGGUGUAAGGGAGAGGAGACAUGAACCCCCAGGCGUUAGUGUAACCAUUUUGGUUACUUUAGAGGGGGAAACAGACUGUAACCACCAGCCAUACAAGUAAGUAGGUGCUCAGAUGCUGUGGCCCACAUACAAACAUAGAUACAAGUAUGAAUUUUCCCUGUACCUUCUAAACCACUUAGCCAUGCUCUGAAAUGUGCAAUAUCUCCCCAGCUACUUCCAGUUGAACACAGACUAAUAACCUAUCCCUGCCUUACCCAGGGACAGCUGAAAUCUUGCAAAAAUCUGCUUCUUUG